GAUGACUUCCACCACUUCUCCAUUAGUCUUAGUUUUCUUAAUCUCUUUAACAUUUUCAUCUUUAGUGAGCUUCGCCAUUGGUGACAACAUGGACAGAGAUCUGGAAAUUAGUUGGGGAGAUGGCCGUGGCAAGUUCCUCAACAAUGCCAACCUCCUCUCGCUCUCCCUUGACAUGUACUCCGGUUCUGGCUUCCAGUCAAAGAACCAAUACCUCUUCGGCCGGAUCGAUAUGCAGAUCAAGCUCGUCCCUGGAAACUCUGCUGGCACCGUCACCACCUUCUUCUUAUCUUCACAAGGGCCUGCACAUGAUGAGAUAGAUUUUGAGUUUCUUGGCAAUCUCAGUGGGAAUCCUUACACUCUUCAUACCAAUGUGUUUGCUCAAGGCAAGGGUGACAAAGAGCAGCAGUUUCAUCUUUGGUUUGACCCCACCAAGGACUUCCACACCUACUCCAUUGUUUGGAACCCCAAACAUAUCAUAUUCAUGGUUGAUAACAUACCAAUAAGAGAUUUCAAGAACAUGGAGGAGAGAGGAGUUGGAUUCCCUAAAGAUCAACCCAUGAGGAUGUACUCCAGCCUCUGGAAUGCUGAUGAUUGGGCAACAAUGGGAGGACGAGUCAAGACUAAUUGGACUCAGGCACCCUUCACUGCGUACUACCAGAACUAUAGGGCCAAUGCUUGUGUCAUCUCUCCGGGGAGCUCCGGUUGCCCCGGCAAUAGAUUGAAAACAGCUUCCGUAUUAGACAAUGCAUGGAUAAAUCAAGAAGUGGACUCAGUGAGUUACAGGAGGAUGAGGUGGGUGCAAAGGAAAUACAUGAUCUAUGACUACUGUGCUGAUAUCAAGAGGUUCCCACAGGGCCUUCCUGCAGAAUGUCCAACUCGUCGUCCUCGCUAAAUUAAACAUUGGGCUAUUCAUUUCAUGUUGGUCAUAUUGAAUUUGAUUCUUUGGUUCGUUGGUUCAUUUAUUGUGAUUCUUUGUAUAGUAUAUUGAGAAAAUCUUCCAACAAUAAA